ACUUCUCGGAUCAAGCGGCGUUAGCACGUGGAUUUUUCCCGGCUGAGUGACGUGGCUUAUGACUAGGUGAUAACGGAUGCCCGACCCUUCGGGGUGGAGGAUGGCUUUCCCUCAUGCAUUUGGCACCAUUGGCCGAACGAUGUGGAGGUCGAUCAGUCGGCGGCAUGAUGUACAGGUCGUACAAGGCAUACCAAAUGGGAUGACGUGCCUGUCCUCGGCCGUCGGGAGCUGGCGUCACGGCACGUUGUCAAGAUCUCAAGCAAGGCGGGGGGCUCAGACUAUAUAACCAGAUGGUCUUGGAUGAUGUAUGAAGUGUAACACGGCAUCUCUGUCUGUCAUACUUAUCGAUACAGAUCCAUCAAACAUAUCAAUAUGUCCUCACGAGCCUUGACCAACACCGCUGUACCUGGACUCAAACUGCUCAGAAUCGGUUUUGGAGCCAUGGUACGUUACGGCGGGUUGGUGCAUGAGUACAGCGACUGAUAGACAUGAACUUUUUACAGAGUCUCUCCACAAACGGUCCAAUGGAAGAUGAGCAAUGCUUUGAGACGCUGAAGCACGCCAUCGAUCGCGCUGGACCGGGUGAAAAAGUAGUAAUCAAUUCCUCCGAACACUAUGGAGCCAACGCUGCGAAUCUGGAGCUCCUCAGCCGAUUCUUCACCAGAUACCCCGAGACCAAAGACAAGGCUUUUGUCGUCGUCAAGGGAGGUCUUGGAAUCUUCAACCCCGGUUCAGAUGGCCACAUAUCUCCCGACAGCAGUCCUGAAGGUCUUCGACGAUCAGCGGAAGGGAUUGCGAAAAAGCUUCAUCCCAAGAAAGUCGAUGUGUUGGGUCCCGGGCGACUAGAUGGAAAUCAUUCCGUGGAAGAAGUCAUCAAGACGCUCGUGGAGCUUCAGAAAGAAGGUCUAUUCCUCUAUAUUGGUCUGAGCGAAGUCUCCUCAUCGACGUUGAGAAAGGCUUCUGCUAUAUCUCAAAUAGUGACUGUAGAGACUGAAGUAUCACCGUUGGCAUGGGAAGAAGAGACUCGAAAGGUUUUUGCGGUAGCUGAAGAGACUCGGACUGUCAUCCUGGCCUAUUCUCCGCUUGGACGAGGCGCUCUGAGCGGCAAGUCCUACGAAGAGAUUCCGAAACAUGUUCGAGACCUGUUUCCUCGAUUCCAUGAGGAGAACUGGGAGGAGAAUAAAAAGAUUGGAGAGAAGAUUAAAGCUUUGGCAGAGAAGAAGGGAGUGAGUGUCGGUCAACUGACACUGGCUUGGGUAUCUUCGACUUCUCCCCAAGUCAUUCCCAUCCCAGGAACCACCAUGCUAUAUCGGGCAUCGGAGAACUUUGACGCGAUGGAUGUUGAGUUGAACUCUGAAGAGAGGCAAGAGGUCGAUGCGGUGUUAGAGUCUACAACAGUCAAGGGAGGAAGAUACCCAGAUGCGUACAAGAAGUUCACGUGGUCGUGAAGUGUACAGCCUUUUGGAGCGAUGCAAUGUGAUUGAGUUGAGUG